GGGAGUCCCCCGUCUUCCAGCUUCUCGCUCCAACAUGCUUGCUCGCGGUGCUGCUGCAGUGGCCCUCCUCCUGGCUGCGGCCACCACUGACACUGGGACCCCCGCCAGGUGCCUUCACCUGGGCGACUUUGUGCUGCCGGCUCAAGAGGCAGCUGGAGACAUCUUGAUCGGGGGGCUGUUCCCCCUGCACAUCGUCGUGUCCGAGCCAGAGCUGCCCUUCACUAAGAGACCCCGGCAGGGCCGGUGCUCGGGCUUUGACUUCCGGGCAUUUCGGUGGCUCCAGACCAUGGUGUUUGCGAUCGAGGAGAUCAACAGAGACCCUGACCUGCUUCCCGGCAUCCAGCUGGGUUACCGGAUCCUCGACAGCUGUGAUCAUGUCCAUACAGGCCUGAGGGGGGCACUUUCGCUGGUCAAUGGCUCGUCAGGGUGGGCGGAUGCCGGCCGCCCCUGCCUGACCGAAGCCCCUGUGCCGGCUAUAAUCGGCCUAGCGUCGUCGUCCCCGACGCGGGCCGUCGCACAGACCCUCGGCCCCUUUGACAUCCCUCUGGUCAGUUACUUUGCCACGUGUGAGUGCCUGAAGGACAGACGGCAGUUCCCCUCCUUCCUGCGCACGGUGCCCAGCGACCUCUUCCAGGUGCGGGGGCUCGUCCAGCUGGUGGCGCACUUCGGCUGGCGCUGGGUGGGUGCCAUCGGGACGGAGGACGACUACAGCCGCUACGGGAUCCAGGCGUUCCAGGAGCAGCUGGCGGAGCGGGGUGGCUGCCUGGCCUUCUAUGCCACGCUGCCCAAAGCGGAGAACCCUGAGCGACUGGCCGACGUGGCCGACGCCCUGGAGGCCUCUAGCGCACGCGUCAUCCUGGCCUUCUCCACCGAGGGCCAGCUCUACGGGCUGCUGAGCGAGGUGGCACGCCGCAACCUGACAGGCCACCAGUGGAUCGCCAGUGAAGCCUGGGUGACGGCCAGCCUCCUCUCGGGGCCACAAUUCCGGGACACGCUGGCCGGGACGCUGGGCUUUGCUUUCCGGAGCGCCUCCAUGCCAGCCUUGGGUGACUUCCUCCUUCGCGUGCGGCCCUCGCCUGCACCCAGCUCCGUCUUCAUCAACGCCUUCUGGGAAGAGCUCUUUGGCUGUAGGCUGGACUUCACUGGGGGUGCUGAUGAGGCCCCGGGGUCCAACCAGCCCUCUUGCAGUGGAGCCGAGGAUGUAAGGGGCAGGAAUAGCGUGUACUCAGACGUGUCGCAGCUGAGGGUCUCGUACAAUGUGUACAAGGCCGUGUACGCCAUCGCUCACGCCCUGCACCACCUGCUGCGCUGCGACGGCCCUGGGGAUAGUGCAGGGAACCGGAGCUGCGGGGCUGUGCUGCCCUUCCAGCCACGACAGUUGCUCUCCUACCUGAAGAGAGUGAAUUUCACCACCAAGUUCGGGGAGAAGGUUUAUUUUGACAGCGACGGGGAGCCCGUUCCUCUGUACGACAUCGUCAACUGGCAGAGGGACAGCAGGGGCAACAUCAAGUUCAAGACUGUGGGGACUUUUGAUGCCUCUGCUCAGGUGGGGGAACAGCUCAGGAUGGACCAGUCCACCAUCGUGUGGAUGGGGGGGGAGACACAGGUACCCAUCUCCGAGUGCAGCCACAGCUGUCCCCCUGGAACCAGGCAGGCCUCGCGACCCAGGGAGCCCAUCUGUUGCUUCGACUGCCUCCCCUGUGCAGAUGGAGAGGUCAGCAACCAAACAGGCUCCACAGAGUGCAUGAAGUGCCCCCAGGACCACUGGUCAGACCCAGACAGGGUGGCCUGUUUGCCCAUGCUGGAGGAGUUCCUGUCCUUCCAGGACAUCUUGGGCAUUGUUCUGGCCUUGCUGUCGGUCCUCGGGAUCGCCAUGACGCUGGUAGUCGCGGGCAUCUACUACCGGUUCCGGGGCACGCCAAUCGUGCGCGCCAACAACUCGGAGCUGAGCUUCCUGCUGCUGGUGUCGCUGGUGCUCUGCUUCCUGUGCGCCCCUCUCUUCAUCGGCCGACCUUCGCCCUGGUCAUGCUGGACGCGGCAGGCCACCUUCGGCGUCGCCUUCGUGCUCUGCAUCUCCUGCAUCUUGGCCAAGACCAUGGUGGUGUUGGUGGCGUUCCGGUCCACCAUACCUGGAUCCAAUGCUGUGCGGCUUUUUGGGCCCAUCCAGCAGAGGGCGCUCAUCUUCUCCUGUACAGCCGUCCAAGUGGUUCUGUGUGUGUCAUGGCUGACUUGGGAUCCACCUUCACCCAUUAAGAACACAUCCUACCAAGCCGGACAGAUCAUUCUGGAGUGCCAGGAUGGUGCAAUCCUUUACCUGGUGCUAGGCUACAUCGGCCUUUUGUCCUGCAUCUGUUUUUGCCUCGCCUUCCUCGGCAGGAAGCUGCCAGACACCUUCAACGAGGCCAAACUCAUCACCUUCAGCAUGCUCAUCUUCUUUGCUGUAUGGAUCUCCUUCAUCCCUGCCCACCGCAGCUCUCCGGGAAAAUACACUGUUGCUGUGGAGAUCUUCGCCAUCCUGGCAUCCAGUUUUGGCCUCUUGCUCUGCAUAUUCCUGCCUAAAUGUUUUAUCAUCUUACUCAAACCCGAGAAGAACGUCAAGAAAGGCAUGGUGAGCAAGUAGGGCCUCCAGGCAGGAGAUGACGCCAUGUGGAAGUCAAACAUCUCAAAACUGAAUAUGGCUAAAUGUCGUGGUAUUAAUAGAUUGCAGGAGAAACCAUGACAAUGCAUGUUCUGACAAACUGAUGUCAUGCAUAAGUUUAUUAUAACACUGGUGUGUAGCCAGAAUUUUACACCAAAGAAAACCAUGUAACACUUUACUUGAAGGGGCAAAUGUAAGUUAGUAACUCAAUUUCUACUCAAAUAUAAAUUAUGAUUGAAUAUAGUAACAUAAUGAAAUACAUAAACUGUCAUGGCCGAUUAAUGAUGAACGAACAUCUGAUCAGUACUUAACUAACACUUAGCUACUGAUUAAUUAAUCCCUUAAGUACGAGUGUACUAAUGUGUUAUUUGUGCCCCCUCAAAGUGUGGCCAAAAACAAUUUGUUUCAUUAUGUUAGUUCUCCUUAACACAGAAUAGCUGUCUUUCUGGUUUACGAAGUGUGUGAUUGUAUCAC